GGACCACAGUCAAUGCAGCACGUACACCAAACGCACUCGAUACAGGUGGUCUAGGGCUUCGACGUUUCUGUUGUUAUAGGUUGUGUUAGUGUUACUGCUUUUCUCUUGCCGUUUCGACGCUAGAGUUGGUUCUCGCUCUGCUUAUCCGAUCGUGAUCGUGUAGAAUAUAUCCCACAUAGAACUAAGUACAACUCUAUUCCAUGAUCAUGUCCACAUUCGUCUCCGUAUUUGUUUUCCUCGUCUCGAGUGUUGGACUCGUCGACGAAACAUGGGGCCUUUCUGUAGUUCUCGGACGAAGAUCGGGUGCUACUGGCGCUGCAGCUACUGCUCCAGUUUCGACCGCCAGCGGUGAAGAGGACUGCACUGAAACAGAGGCUGCUGCGGACACCAGCAGCUCAGCCUUGAUUCCGACCGACCGGCGCGAUCAAAAUUAUGCAGGUGGCCAAGGAACCAACCUCCACGACAAGGAUGCGACAACCGCCGCGUCAGACCAGUCCUCUACCUUCAACGGCGACCAAGUAACCCCGCCGGAAGUUGUGUCCUCUCCUCGUGCACGAGAACUUCUGCGUGAGAACGCGCUGCGGCUGUUGGCGGAGGUUCACGCGGAGGAGGCUUGUCGGGGACUCUUUUGUUCGCCACAGAAUAACUCUCGCCAGGAGGAGGAAAAAUCGCAACAAGAAGCCGGUGCAGCUUCUAGCAGUGCAACUUCUACUGCUGCUGCUGCUGGUAAUAUUAACGAGCACUCCCUGCCCGGAAGUAUGAAUCCACAGCAACCGACACACUUCUUGCGUCGCCUCCUGGAUGGCGCUGCACGAACCUGCCAAUCCUGUGCGCGGCGACGAGCGACCACUACUUCGUCCGCAGCAGACGUGGAAAUUAUGUUGAGCAGAGACCAGCGGGACCGGUACCACAGGAUUCUCCAAGAAGCGCUGUCGAAACACAAAAACCGGUGGUACGCGGGCACCGCCGCGCAGCAAGAAGAACUGAAAGCGAAUUUAGACAAAGCGUACGACAAGUGGACAAGGGAGCAGUUGCCCGCGUUGAAAAUGAAGGAACAAGGAGAGCUGCAGUACCCUGCGGAGGAACAAGGUGCUGGAAGGAGCGCUUCCACUCCGACGGGGGAUCCUGGCCUCGAGGGAGAAGAUCGCGUUACAUCCAAAGCCUCGAUGUCCUCUUCGUCCUCUUCGAGUGCAACCACCGCAACUGGCGAUGUAUUUCACCAGCGUUCACCGUCUCGAAAAUCUUCUCUCUCGACCGGUUUUGACCUGCUUGUCAAGGUCCAGAACUCUUUCGCCGUAGAAGAUUUUGAGCACGACGCGACCGAAGUACUUCUAGAUGCUCAUUGUGCGCCGGAGCGAAGAAGCAGUAGCGGAAAUGACGCUCCUGACGACGGGCACGACUACACGAUCCGGCUCCCCGGCGGCGCGACCGUUGCGGACGUGAUGGAACAUCUGGAGCAGGACACGCCGAAGAACCGACCGUGCACUUAUGUUCGGAAGUUGUUCCUCCCGGCGCUGACGCAAAUUGAGUACAAAAACGGGACCACGGAGCUGCAGCCGACAAAUAACGCGUUUGGAGGACGGAUGUUGAAUGUGAGGAAAGAAGUAGGUCAAGCAAACGCGUUUUACUACGAAACGGACGAAAAAAACCUCGGGACCCUGCUGAUUCAGCAGCUGCGCUAUCCAAUGCAGCAAAAGCAUCGUACUCGUAUAAAUGCAUUACAAAUUUCCUCAGCAUGAGAAAUAAAACUUGUCAUGCUGGUUUACCUUAAGAAAAAUAUUUGUAAUGCAAGGCUUGCGUUUAUACGUGUACGAUACUUGUGCAAUGCAUAUGCGCACCUCCCCGCGGAUUCUCAUGCAGGAGUACCGCCGAACCGGGCUGGACCUGCUGGAAAGCGAGAACAUUGACGAUGAAAACCUGCCGGUGCUGUAUCUGCGUGAAAUCCACGAACCCCGGCGAAUGGUGCGGGCGAAAAGAAGUAGAGGAGUUGCUGAUGUUGUGUCCUCGCAGGAGGAGGAGGGGGAAAAUUUUACUACAAUAGCGCCGACGUCUCCUCCGCUUGAAACUAUGAAUCUGGGCUAGUACUACCGGUAGAGUACUGAACUUGGUGCAUCGACGACCGACGAUGCAGCUCUUGUAGAUCAGAACGAAAGGAAAUUUACAGCAUCAAGGUAUGCGUUUGCGAAAUGUCUUUAGUAAACCUUGACUUUACUAUGCUAGGUCGUGUACGAUAACGAUUGAAGACUCAAGUGAAAAAAGAAUUCGGCCAGGUUUUGCAAAUUGAGAAUAUUAUUUUCUGCGAAAUAAAAUGAAUGUGUAGCCUACAAUUACAAAGACAAGGACCGUGAUGAAUUCGACACGACCUUCGAACUAGCUGCCGAACUGCGAAAGCGAUUUUUGGUGAUGUGUGACGAAUAAAAGAAGUAGAAGAAAGAACAG